CCACAAAUCCACGGUCCCGAUUUCCUCAUCCCCCAUUCCACCGACCAAACCCUCCGUCUGGCCGGCCGCCGGCCAUGGAGAAGCCGCCGGCACUUGCCGCCAAGAACCGCGAACCCGGCGGAGCCGUCGGAGGCAUUCCACGGAAGCGGGGGCAGAGUGACAACUGCUACGGCGAUAUCAUCAGCGGUCUCCCCGACGCCAUCCUGGGCACCAUCAUCUCCAUCCUCCCCACCAAGGAGGGCGCCCGCACGCAGGCCAUCUCUCGCCGGUGGCGCCACCUCUGGGCUCCGCGCCCCUCAACCUCGAGGUUGCCCCCAUCAUCUGCGUCGACCUCAGGGAGGAUGCCGAUCAGCUUGACAAACGUGAUACACACUGUGAAGGUUUUAGCCCUCACUUCUGGCCCUCAACUGAAUGUUGUUCUUGACAUCCUCAAGUGCUUCCCCUGCUUGGAAAAGCUCUACAUUGUUCUGCAGAAAAAUUCAAAGAUGGAUGUGAAAGACGUGUCACUGUAUGGCCCACUAGAUUCAGUCGAGUGUCUUGGGACCCAUCUCAAAGAAAUGGUGAUACUGAAUUACGAAGGCUGUGAGCAAGAUGUUGGCUUUGCCAAGUUCUUUGUUUUGAAUGCAGUGGUCCUAAAGAAAAUCAAAUUUGGAGUCCCUAAGAACAACAACAGUGACUGGGUGGAUAUUCAACUGGAUUUGCUGCAGGUGGAGAAUAGGGCUUCUCAAGAUGCUCGAUUUGAUUUCAAAUGUGGUUUGGAUAAUUUUAUUAACUACCCACGUAUCCAUGACUUGUCAUUGAGCGAUCCUUUCGACUGCUUGUUUCCUGAAUGAGAGAACGCGUCGAGGACUCAACCGCAUAUGGAGACAUCUACAUCAUGGUGUCAUGUUGAACAAGAGUUUUGCCGUAAUACCGACGAGCGGGCCAUUUCCUCCUUGUUGUUUCCCUGAAUUCAAUUAGAAAAUCCCUUAUUGCUACCAGAUACUUAAUGCCUAACAUAUGCUGCGUGGAAGCGGAACCAUAUGCAGUGAUUCAUAAUGUGUUAAUGCCAUUCACCAUAUGCAUCAGUUAUCACAAACGCACUUUGCAUAGAACCAUGUGAAGUGCUCAGACACCAUAUGCAUCAGUUAUCACAAACGCACUUUGCAUAGAACCAUGUGAAGUGCUCAGACGAUUGUCGGUUUUAAAUUUAAAGUUAGGCAGAGAUCCUGUCUAAACAUGUAAGCUCAGUAGCUCACUCCGCCUGAUCAUUCGCUCUGUUUUGUUUAAGCUUUGCUUUGAGUUUGCUUCGUUUAUCGAUGGAAUAUGUGACAUGAAUCGUGGCACCAGGAAUUUAUGAUGCCAGAUAUGGUCAUUUGUCCAACUCAUGAAGAAAAAAGAUAUGAUCAUUUGUGUA